UUUCCUGGUUUCAACUUGGUCCUGCAUCCAACCCUGAUACGAUUACCCCUGGAGAUAUCCAUCAAGUUUUAGUUCCAGGCUCAAAUACCAUCUUUAAUAAAUCAUCUCCAUUCUUAUUUAUUGGAGGUGUUCCAAAGUCAGGAACAACACUGAUGAGAGUACUCCUGGAUAUUCACUCUCAAAUCAGCUGUGGUCCUGAGACUCAUAUUUUUAUAGACAUAUUAAAACUAAGAUAUGAAUGGAAUAAUGUGGAAAGCCUGAGGAAAAGAAAUAUGGCUGCUGGAGUUACCUUGCAGUUGAUUGACCAUGCUGUGUCCGGGUUUCUUCUUGAGGUUGGUGCCCGACACCAAGAUGUUGCAGCUAGGAUCCCUUGUAUAAAGGAACCAUUUCUUCUAACACAGGGAGGAUUUUUAUCUGAAUGGUUUCCCAAUAGUAAACUAAUCCACAUGGUUCGGGACGGAAGAGCAGUAUCUAACUCCCUGGUCUCAAGGAGCCUGGAGUUCCCACCCUUCUCCUCAACCAACCAUACUCAAAACCUUAAAUCAUGGACUAAACUGGCUAGUGGGUAGAAAU